GUAAUAUUCCAACCACGGCAUGGUCUCGUAGUCGUCUUCGCUGUCUACGAUGUCGAUUCGCUGAAACGGCGAUUGCACCGAAGUGACACGGUUGACCCAAUCGUCCGAGCUACCCAUCUGUUCCAAUAAAUCGGCGUCGUUCAAAUCUACUGGCUUCAUGCCGCGUACCUUAUUAUCGACCCACCACCGGAAUCGGAAUGGAUCUUUGCCAUGCUUCGACAAAGAUUCGAAUGGUCCAAGCUGAGAAACAUGGCCAACAUUCAAGCUGUCACCUACAACACCGCUGGGUUCGAUAACAUCGUCGGGAUAAAAGAAUCUAGCGAGCGAAUCGACACAAGCCAAAAGAGUUUCUUCCGAAACUUCUUCGUCGUCUUCGUCGGCAGCAUAGGUUUCCUUUUCGGUCGAUCGCGGAGGAAUAUACAGGAAAUCCGCCAUGAUUUUGCCUUCCUUGGGCCAAGCCUUCAACGAAACCUGCCCCAUCCCGUAUCGGAACAUUCCCAGUGCCUGGAGUGUGUCAGACUUUCCACCGUGCUUGGAGGUGUCGUGCGCAAAAUGCCCAUACAGCGGGAACAUCUCUUCGCAGUCAUAGGAAGCCUCUACCAUAUCUUCCAUGAACUCCGUAAUGAUUUCCUUUCCGUUGGUACCAUCGUAGUCCGCAAAGUGGUCUUCGAGUCCAUAGGCGUUGAGGUAGAGCUGAAGAAGAUUUCCAACACCCUCGACUUCGUCGUCGUCGUCGUCSUCCUCCUCCUCCUCGUCCUCAUCGUCGUCGACGAUUUUGCUGGUUGUUUCGUCAUCUUCUUCUAUUUCGGCGUAGUUAAACUGAAGAGUUACCCGUGUAUCAUUGAGAUCCUCUUCUACGCAUUGUGCUUCUUCUUUGCUACUGCCGAGCGUUUCCGCGAGGAGCGGGUGGACAAGUAGCGCAAGUGAGCCGUCGACGCUACCGGUGGCAUAAAUCCUUCCCGCCAAAAAUCCAAAAACAGCAACACCCAGAAUCGACACUAAUGUUGCAAGGAACGAAAUUUUCGUGCCGGAGGUGGAGCGCGAGGGAGGUUCGGUUGUCAUGUCACUGUUACUACUAUCGGCACACUUCGUGCUUCCGUCAGAGCUUGUUGAUUCGUCUUCGUAUAUUUCAGUUGAGCUGUUGCUACAUCGAUUUUCUUUUUGUUUCGACUGCAGUGCUGAUACCAUGCUGCAGAGAAAACAAAUCUUUCGUGUGGGA